AUGGCCACUAAGUUCCUUGUGAUGGUCUUGUUCAUCGGAGUUGUUUCUUCCAAUGUAGACGCAAGGCCGCUCGAUAAAGUGUCCAAAGAAUCGAUAGAUCACAAGCCCCUUGCGCUAACUCCGCUAGUACCCAUACCGGAGCUUCCAAUACCGAUACCAAGUACUCCGCCGACGUCAUUACCAGUACCAACUCCGCCGAUGUCAUUACCAGUACCCGUCCCUGGAGUUGGAGCAGCCUCUGCCACUAAAGGACUAGUGUCCGAACUAGCCAUCUCCGUUCCCAAAACUGCAACUACCAAUGGCAUUGGAACUCAACUUUGGGUUAGUAUCGGUGAUUCUGUCUACGGACAAGGCUAUAGCACCUCUAUCGCUGAUGGAGGUCCUGGCGGUUCCAGCAGCGGUACAGACGCAAAUGGAUACGGAGGUAGCAGCGGAUCUAUCAUUUCCGAAGGUAACAACGCAGACGCUUAUUUACAAGGCUAUGCUAACGGUGGAGGCAGUAGUGGUGCUGAAGUGGGAGACAAUGGUGCCUUCUCCCAAGGAUCCGGCUUUGGAAGUGGCACUAACUAUGGGAGUGGAAGCAGCAGCAGCCCUUGA